UCCCCCAGCGGUGCUGCGUGGGAGGGAGCUGGGUCCGGUGUAGGAGCUUCCUGUCUGGCUGGCUGUGGUGUUGGUCCAGUGCUGCUUCUCCCCUCCCACCGGUGCUGCGAGAGGGGAGUUAGCUUUGGUUACCUCCUGGAAGGACGAACAGGAAGCGGAGGAGCUGAUUUCACUCUGGGACAAGUUCUCACCGGAGGCAGUGUCUAACAACGGAGACGGCGGACAGCUGGCAUGCACGCAGGGGAAAAUUUGUCGGAUAAGAUGAAAACACGGAGCCAAAGUUCUGUGGAGUCUAGCGCUUCAAAACAGCAGAAGAAAGUAAAAGUAAAAAAUAGUGAUGUACAAAGAACCCUUAAGAGGAUAAACCUUGAUGUGAAGAAAGAGUCAUCUGAAUGCCAUAAAAGUCUGUAUCAAAAGAGACAAUGGUUGGAUUGUCAGGAAUCCCAAAUUUCAAAAAGAAACCUUACAGAAAAGGCCUCAAAAGCACAGAAGCAAUUAAAGCCAUAUACUUGUAUAGAAUGUGAGAAACAGUUUAUUUUCCGACAUAGUCUAACAAACCACUGGUGGUCUCAUAUGGAGACAAAAAACUGUGUUCGUAUGCAGGGAACUGAAUCAAACGUGCAGAAUAAAAAAAGGAAAUUAACUAUAAAAAAUAACUACAAAAAGACUGUACAAAAUGUGAAAAUGCGUUAUCUUAGAUAUACAAUUGUAAAGCCUUUUGUGUGUACAGUAUGUAAGAGAAGAUUCUGGGAACAUGCUUAUCUUCUUCUACACCAACGGAUUCACAGAGGAAAUCAGUUUAGAUGUACUGAAUGCAGGAGAUGCUUCUCAAACACUACGAUUCUCCUUGCUCAUCUGUGGGUUCAUACUAAUCAAAAACCUUUUUGUUGUUCCAUGUGUGAUCAAAGUUUCCUGUAUAAAUUCAAAUGUCAGGAACACCAGCGCAUCCACAAGGGAAAUAAACCUUUUGUUUGUUCUGAGUGUGGGAAACGGUUCAGAACUAACGUUACCCUUGUUGAACAUAUGAGGCUUCACACUGGGGAGAAACCUUUUUCAUGUUCAGAGUGUGGAAAAUCGUUCCGGUUAAAAGACAGGCUUCACACACACCAGCGAAUUCACACAGGCGCGAAGCCUUAUAUUUGUGAAAAAUGCGGGAAAAGUUUUUCCCAGAACUCAAACUUUCUUUUACACUGUAAAAUUCAUAUUGGAAAAAAGCUUAUUGUCUGUACAGAGUGUGAAAAAACCUUUGCAACUAAUGCUGAACUAAUCAGACACCAACGUGUGCAUACUGGCGAGAAACCUUUUGUUUGUACAGAGUGUGGGAAACGUUUCAGUCUCAAGGCAAAUUUAUUAUCACACCAGCUACUUCAUACAGGAGAGAAAGCUUACUCUUGCCUGGAGUGUGGAAAAUGUUUUCGAUUGAAAAGGCAUCUGGCCUCACACCAGCUUGUGCAUACUGGGAUUAAAUCUUUUGCCUGCGGUGAGUGUGGCCGACGAUUCAGUCACAAGCACGCACUUCGCCAGCACAAGUGGAUUCACACAGGUGAAAAGCCAUUUGCCUGUACAGAAUGUGGCAAGCAAUACAGAGAAAGGAGGUCCCUAAAUUCUCAUCUUCGAAUUCACACUGGAGAGACGCCCUUUGCAUGUACAGAGUGUGGUAAAACCUUCCUAUCAGAAAGGUAUCUUCGACACCACCAUAUGACACACUCUGGACUCAAACCUUUUGCCUGUGAUGAGUGUAGUAGAUGUUUUUUGUUGAAGAGCAAUCUUAAGGCGCAUAAGCAAACUCAUACUGGAAUAAAACCAUUUGCUUGUUUGCAUUGUGGAAAACUUUAUUCUACUAAAAAAGGUUUAAAGGCUCAUGAACAGACUCAUACAGCUGAGAAGCCCUUUGUCUGUAACAAAUGUGGCAAAUGUUUCCGUCUCAAGUCCAUGCUCCAAGCCCAUCAGCCUGUACAUACUGGGGGAAAGUAUGUGUGUACGGAGUGUGACAGGGCAUUCUCAAGUAAUCAAAGCUUGCAGUGUCAUCUAAAUUUACAUAAGUAGUCCAUGUAAUAUUAUUUUGUUCUUAUAAUAAUGCUACAUACUUCCAUUUGUUGAGUUUAUAGAGGAAAUGUAACAAUAAAAGAGAUUUUUUUUCUGUCUUCGUUAA